CGUGGGGAAUAAUGUAAUGAAAGCGGAGGCAUAUCUGCCCCAAGGGUUCAUGGAAAGGAUUCAAGAAGUUGGACUGGUGAUCCCGUCCUGGGCUCCACAAGUGGCGGUGCUCCGCCACCCCUCCACCGGCGGAUUCCUCUCACAUUGCGGGUGGAACUCGACCUUGGAAAGCAUAAGCCACGGCGUUCCCAUGAUUGCGUGGCCGCUGUACGCGGAACAAAGGAUGAAUGCCACGAUGUUGACGGAAGAGGUGGGGGUGGCAGCGCGUCCAGUGGUGGGAGAAGGGAAAAACGUAGUGGAACGGGAGGAGAUAGAGAGGGUGGUGAGGUUGGUGAUGGAAGGUGAAGAGGGGAAAGAGAUGAGGCGUAGGGUGCGAGAGCUGCAAAGCAGUGCCCUGGCCACACUGAAACCAGGUAGGCCAUCUUUUGAGUCCCUUUCUGAAGUGGCUGGGACCUGGACAACCACCGCUCAUUAGUUCGCUGCGACACGUCCCACAUAUAAUUUGUUUGCUGUCUCUUUUUAUUUAUUAAUCGUCGCACCAAUAAUACUACACGGUCUUGGCUUCGAGUAGCAGGUGGGGGCGGGUUGAAGUCUUGAAAGUUGAGACCGCAGAU